UGGACUACAAGACCGGAGGUACGAUUUCUUGAGACUUUCCUCCCCCAUUGAGUGCACAUGCGGGAUAACGGAUAGGCUUGAACGCCGGCUCCGUAUGGGGGCGAAAAGGUGUUGUAGCCUGAUGCGUGCGCGCUUCACUCGCGCACACUGCUGGUGCUGAGAUCCACAACCAGCGUGGGGCGGCCCAAUGAGUAUUGCGCUUGCAUCAUAUCCUUGAACGAAGCAUGUGGGAUCGCUGACAAUGGCAGGCUGAGCCGAUUAGGCUCAGCUAAGAUCUGAGGACGAUGUCUGAGACGGAAUGUGGCUAGCCGGCUGACCUGGUCGCCGGGGUGUAGGUGUUUGUUAACCGAGACAAGCCACACACGCUAUUUAGAUGCCAACGUGGGCACAGCUUUCUCACACUUGACCAUUCCACGCAACCAUGACCAACGCGACAGGCAUGAACGGCGUCGGCCUCGUGACGGGCGCAGCCUCAGGUAUCGGGAUGGCGACGGUGCAAGCGCUGCUUGAAGCGGGUGUCCGCAAGGUCCUCAUGGCGGACUGCAACCCGGAAGGCCUUGAGAAAGCACGCGCAAGUCUGCUCCAGACGUUCCCCGACGCGCAGAUUGAGGUCGCGGCCGUGGACGUCAAGGUCGAGGAGCAGGUGCAGGCCAUGGUCGCGCAGGCCGUGGAGAAGUUUGGGCGCAUCGACUACUGCCUCAAUGCGGCUGGCGUUGCGGGUGCCGGCAUGAAGAUUGCGGAGACAACGCUCGAGGCGUACGAGAACGUCAUCAACAUCAAUGAGCGGGGCACGUUUCUCUGCCUCAAGUACCAGCUCGCGCAGAUGGACAAGCAGGAGCCGCUUAACCCGGGCCCGCGCAGCCAGCGUGGUGCGAUCGUCAACGUCUCGUCCAUCCUCGGCUUCCGCGGUCUUCAGACCGCUGUAGCUUACAGCACGUCCAAGCACGCCGUGGUGGGCAUGACCAAGGUGGCGGCUAUCGACUACACUGGCAGGCAGAUCCGCGUGAACGCCAUCGCUCCUGGCUGGAUCGAGACUGCUAUGACCGCGCCGCCAUUUGCACACGCUCUGCUCAUGCACGACACGCGCCCGGAGCGCUGCCCUACCGCGCGCCCAGGCCAGCCCGAGGAGAUGGCGGACGUUAUCGUCUUCAUGCUCUCGGAGAAGGCGUCGUAUGUCAAUGGCACGACCUGGCAGGCCGAUGGUGGUGUUCUCGUUACGUAGCGCAGAUCUUGUCGAGAAGGCUUUGCGCGCUCGCUGGAUCGGUAACUCAGAAGUAGGCAGCUUUGAAUGAUUAGCUCGGUUUGUCGAAGAAUGAUAGUUGCACGCGGAGCAUUGGCGAUCCGACAUACAACCAGAAUGAGGCUACCAUUGAGGCGACUUGAAGAGAGCAGGUUAUCAAUAUCAAGCCCGUCGCGACUCGGCCGCGGCUUCGGCCCCUCAUAUCCAGUGAAGCUCCCAUGAAGAGUAGCGGCGUCGGUCGCGGAUCGCUCAAGGUCGAGAGCUCAUUUUCGACUGCACAACCGCUGUGCCACCUGCACCACCCCGUCCG